GAGGAAAACUCACAGCGUUGGUCCCCAUUAAUGCAGGUCGCCGAUAUUCGGGUUUUUUAACGACACCCGAUGCCAACUGCUGAUGUAGACAAUUUGAUGGACUUCUUGGAGCAGCUACAACGUAAGCAGACCUCUGGCUCUAAGCUCAGUGACAGUUCUCGUUUAAAGAUGGUCAUACAAGUCGGGUUGGGUUUUCUCCUGGUUGGUUUGGCUUUGCCCACAGAAGCCUGGCUGUUGUCCCAAUCCGGCCUAAACGAAUCCAGUUACCACGUCCGUCACUUGUCGAUGCACUUCUCGCGAGUUUUUCUUAGCGUUAAUGUGGAAAAUAGUGAUUCCCCCACUCUGAUCGAAGCCCAAUGGCCAGUUUCGUAUUUUCCAAUGCCCACUGUGGUCUUUCCUCACAUCGAUGUUCAUGCAAAGGGAAACCACGACGAUUGCUCCUUGCUGCAGCAGGCCCACUGGUCCCAGGUGGAUGCACUGAGUCGACUGUGGGUCAUGGACAUUGGACUCCCGGGCGGCGGCAGGUGCUCGCCCCGAUUGUUUGUCUUCGAUCUGCUGCGUAACAAUGCGGAGCUACUGAGAAUCGAUUGCGGACAUCAUAUAAAGGCCAACGACACCGAAUCUCUGGUGGUGCAAAUGGGACCCAAGGGUCCGGGUUGCGAGCACGAACGGCACAUCUACUUCAUCCUGGGCAAAGUAGCGGAAAUCAUAGCCUACGACAUCCUGGAGCAGACGUGGUCCAUUCGAUCCCUCGAGAGUCACAAGUACGAGAACAUGAACCAGUCGUUUCCCAUCAAGCCAGUGGACUUUACUUUCGGCAUCCAAGGCGAACUCAUCCUCGCCGAUCAGGAUGGAGAUCUAUACAGCUCGGUGGAUAGACUGGAAAAGAACGAAUUAGCCACCAAUUCAAUUAGCAACUCCAUUAAACUCACCCAUUUGGGCAGCCUCCUGGGCAGCAGUCGCAGCAUGAUCAUCGAUAAUUUCGGCACCUUGUACUAUGUAAUCCCCAAAUUUGGAGCUGUAGUGCGUUGUGCUAAGCUGGCCAACAUUACAGCAGAGGGCAAUGAAAUCAUCUAUCUCACAUCGAAGAACAUCCAGCAGAUAUUUUUCACCUCCAACGAUGCUUUAUGGGUGCUAAGUGAUCGGGUCUUGAAUGCCAAGGACAUGUGCUUCCCUAGCUUAUGAUAUAAUUUAUUAAAUUAACUUAAACAUAAUUCUUGUGUAUAUGUUUCGUUUAUUAUUCGUUUCGUCUGGCGUGGUGAUGUAGUUCGUUUGGUUUGAUAAUAAUGCUA